UAACCAAACCAUUGUUCUUCCCCAUUGGCUUCCUUUCUGAACUGAAAUUGGGAAAUCGAAGAGAUGCACAGACCAUUUGUUUGCUCCAAAACUCUAAUAACCGUUGCUUCCAAUCGCAUCUUCUUCUCAUCAGGAUCAUCACAGUUGAAUCCAUCACUAUCCCAUCACUUGCAAAACCAAAAGCAACAAACUUUCCACUCCUCCAACAAAGACAGCGGGAAUUCCCCAAUCGGGUCACCAACCAGAGUCCAGAAGCUGAUAGCAUCCCAAUCAGACCCUCUUCUGGCCAAAGAAAUAUUCGACUACUCCUCUCGCCAACCCAACUUUCGCCACACAUACUCCACCUAUCUCAUCCUCAUCCUCAAGUUGGGUCGCUCCAAAUACUUUUCUCUCCUCGAUGAUCUCCUUCGUCGCCUCAAAUCUGAUUCGCACCCCAUCACUCCCACCCUCUUCUCUUACUUGAUCAAAAUCUAUGGCGAAGCUCAUUUGCCCCACAAAGCCCUCAAUACCUUCUACACCAUGAUGCAGUUCAAUUGCAAGCCUUUACCCAAACACCUUAACCGCAUUCUCCAGAUUCUCGUUGCCCACCGUAAUUAUGUUCGACCCGCAUUUGAUCUCUUCAGGGACGCUCACAGGCAUGGGGUUGAACCCAACACCAAGUCCUACAACAUUCUCAUGCGUGCCUUCUGUCUCAAUGGGGACAUUAGUAUUGCCUACUCCCUGUUCAAUAAAAUGUUUAAGAGAGACGUUGUUCCGGAUAUCGAGUCUUACCGGAUUUUGAUGCAAGCGUUGUGCAGGAAGAGUCAAGUGAAUGGAGCUGUUGAUCUUUUGGAGGAUAUGUUGAACAAAGGUUAUGUUCCAGACCGUACUUUGGUUAGUGGUUUGUGUGACAUGGGAAUGCUUGAUGAGGCAAGUAAAUAUUUGCAGGAUAUGCUGUCCAAAGGUUUUUCUCCUCACUUUGCUGUUAUUCAUGCCUUAGUGAAGGGGUUCUGCAAUGUUGGUAGGAUUGAGGAUGCUUGUGGAGUUCUCACCAAUUCACUAGAGCAUGGGGACGCUCCUCAUAUGGAUACUUGGAUGAUCAUAAUACCUGUAAUAUGUGAAGUGGACGAUGGUGUGAAAAUCAGUGAUGUUUUGGAGGAAGUUCUCAAGGUUGAAAUUAAAGGUCAUACUAGAAUUGUGGAUGCUGGCAUUGGUUUGGAGAACUACUUGAUUAAGAAGAUACGAGCCAAGUCAAGAGCAUAAAACGGCAGUGUAUCGUCGUCAAUAGAUUUCGGGACGGCGGAGGCGGUGGAGUACGUGCGUUCUCUGACGGACGUUGGGGCGAUGACGCGUCUGCUUCACGAGUGCAUAGCUCACCAGAGAGCACUUGACGAUGAACUCGACGACCUCUUGUCCCAGCGAAGCGACCUCGACCGCCACCUCCUCCAACUCCAGCGCUCCUCGGAGGUUCUCGACAUCGUCAACUCCGACUCCGACUACAUGCUCGCCAACGUCACCUCCACUUGCCACCUCGCCGACCAGGUCAGCCGCAAGGUCCGCGAGCUAGACCUUGCUCAGUCGCGCGUCCGCUCCACGCUCCUCCGCAUUGACGCCAUCGUUGACCGCGCCAAUUCCCUGGAAGGCGUGCACCGAGCCCUCGACGCCGAGGACUACGAAUCCGCCGCGCGCUAUGUCCAGACCUUCCUCCAGAUCGACGCGCAGUACAAGGAUUCUGGUUCCGAUCAGGUUCAGAGGGACCGCUUGUUGGCCGCGAAGAAGCAACUCGAAGGGAUCGUGAGGAAGAAGCUCUCCGCAGCCAUGGAUCAGCGCGAGCACCCCGCCAUUCUCAGGUUCAUUCGCCUGUUCACUCCCCUGGGUCUCGAGGAAGAGGGUUUGCAGGUUUACGUUGGGUACCUGAAGAAGGUUAUUGGGAUGAGAUCGAGGAUGGAGUUUGAGCAAUUGGUGGAGUUGAUGGAUCAGCGGAAUGUCAAUUUUGUUGGCUGUUUGACCAAUUUGUUUAAGGACAUUGUGUUGGCCAUUGAGGAGAACAGUGAGAUCUUGAGUGGUCUUUGUGGCGAGGAUGGAAUUGUGUAUGCCAUUUGUGAGCUUCAAGAGGAGUGUGAUUCUCGCGGUUCUGUCAUCUUGAACAAGUAUAUGGAGUAUAGGAAGUUGGGUAAGUUGUCUUCUGAGAUUAAUGCACACAACAACAAUUUGCUUGCUGUUGGAGCAGGUCCUGAGGGUCCUGACCCGCGAGAGGUUGAGUUGUAUUUGGAGGAGAUUCUCUCCCUUAUGCAGCUGGGUGAGGAUUAUACUGACUUCAUGAUUUCCAAGAUCAAAGGGCUCACUUCUGUUGACCCCGAAUUGCUCCCUCGCGCCACCAAGGCAUUCCGGAGUGGCAGUUUCAGCAAGGUUGCUCAGGAUUUGACAGGCUUUUAUGUCAUUUUGGAGGGUUUCUUCAUGGUGGAGAAUGUUAGGAAGGCGAUAAGGAUUGAUGAACAGGUGCCUGACAGCCUCACCACUUCUAUGGUGGAUGAUGUGUUCUAUGUCUUGCAGAGCUGCUUGCGGAGGGCUAUAUCCACUUCCAAUAUUAGUUCUGUUGUCGCGGUUUUGAGUGGGGCUAGUAGCUUGCUGAGCAAUGAAUAUCAUGAAGCCUUGCAGCACAAGAUACGAGAACCUAACCUUGGUGCAAAGUUGUUCUUUGGCGGUGUUGGCGUGCACAAGACGGGGACAGAAAUUGCAACAGCUUUGAAUAAUAUGGAUGUUAGCAGUGAGUAUGUCCUGAAGCUGAAACAUGAAAUUGAAGAACAUUGUGCUGAGGUGUUUCCUGCGCCAGGUGAUCGGGAAAAGGUAAAAUCUUGUUUGACUGAGUUGGCAGAUAGCAGCAAUGCUUUCAAGCAAGCUUUGAAUGCUGGCAUAGAACAACUUGUGGCAACCAUAACACCAAGAAUACGACCAGUAUUAGACAGUGUAGGAACAAUCAGCUAUGAGCUUUCAGAGGCUGAGUAUGCAGAUAAUGAGGUAAAUGAUCCAUGGGUUCAAAGACUUCUCCACGCUGUUGAGACAAAUGUGGCAUGGCUGCAGCCACUAAUGACUGCUAACAAUUACGACACAUUUGUUCAUUUGAUUAUUGACUUCAUUGUGAAGAGGCUAGAAGUGAUUAUGAUGCAAAAAAGAUUUAGUCAGCUUGGUGGGCUUCAGCUUGACAGAGAUGCUAGAGCUUUGGUAAGCCAUUUCAGCAUCAUGACACAGAGAACUGUUAGAGACAAGUUUGCACGUCUUACUCAAAUGGCAACGAUUUUAAAUUUAGAAAAGGUGUCUGAGAUUCUAGAUUUCUGGGGUGAGAACUCUGGACCUAUGACCUGGAGAUUAACUCCAGCAGAGGUUAGGCGGGUAUUGGGUUUGCGAGUUGAUUUUAAACCAGAAGCAAUAGCUGCUCUGAAGUUGUAAUAUCCGUCUACCAACAUUCUUUUGAUCUUUCUAUUUUUUUUCUUUUUAAUUUUCAUUGGAUAAGUAUUACAGCUUCACCCGUCUUGUUAGUAGUUUUGGUGUUACUAUUGUGGUUUUUGGAUUACUAGCUUCAAAAACGAAAGAAUACACAGCUCUAUUCAGAUUUGCUACCUAGGACAGACAAUGGUUAUAUACAGAGCAUCUUGUGUGAAACGGUCAUUGUUCUUCGUUACCCGCUUUCCAAUUUUGAAUUUUUUAUUUUUUAUUUUGUGUAAACCAUUUUGAGUCUGAGUUCAUGUUCCAAAUCAAUGAAGGUCGAUGUUUGG